AUGAAAUACAAGGAAGGCAAAUCCUUGGCGGAUCACUUGAACGAAAUUCAAGGGAUCGUGGAUCAGUUGUCCGGUAUGGGCAUAAAGAUGGAAGAUGAGAAGAAGCUUAUCAGAAGCCGUAAUGCUGUGUUCAUCGAAAAUGAGACCAUCGAAGAUGUUGUUGCUAGGAAAGAAGUUCCUAGUACUGAUGCUAGUCAACCAAGCCUUGGGCUAGUACCUCCAACGCCGGCGCUUACAGAAGUUGGAGAAGAAGCACAACAUGAUCAGCCUGAGAUAGUUGAACAAGAUGCUCCUGUGGAGGUUCAACCAGAAGAUGCUGAUGACGAUGGUCAACCACCAGCCAUUGAGGGUUCUCCUGUUCAAAUGAAGAGAUUUGGUAGGGUCACACGACGCUCUACCAGAUAUCCUGAGACUGAAUAUGUGUCACUUACUGACGGGGGAGAACCAGAAAGUUUCACAGAAGCCAUGAAUGAUGAACACAAGCAAAGGUGGAUAGAAGCCAUGCAAGACGAGAUGGAUUCCUUGUAUGAGAACAAGACAUUUGAGCUGGUGAAAUUGCCCAAAGGCAAGAGAGCUUUGAAGAACAAGUGGGUGUUCAAGAUUAAACAUGAUGAACACAACCGAACAACCCAGCUGUUCUGUGACAGUCAGAGUGCUAUUCAUCUUGCGAAGAAUGCUUCAUUUCAUGCUCGAUCAAAACAUAUCGAUGUUCGAUAUCACUGGAUUCGUGAUGUACUUGAAAUGAAGCAGCUACAACUGGAGAAGAUCCAUACUGACGAAAAUGGAUCUGACAUGUGUACCAAGACUCUUCCAAGAGAAAAGUUUGAGUUCUGUCGAUUAGCUGCAGGGAUGACGAAGUCACCUAUGUAG